AAGAAAGGAAAGUCACAAUAUUCAAACAUGGAGAACCACACGGCCAACAUUCCAAAUGUCACUCAGGUUGUAAAUUUAACGAGAAUGCCUCUGAACCCUUUGGACGAGCAGGUCGUAACCAUAUUCCUGACGCUACUCAUCUGUGGAGUGGGGAUUUCCGGAAACAUCAUGGUGGUGCUGGUGGUGUUGCGGACCAAGCACAUGGUGACCCCGACCAACUGCUACCUCGUUAGUCUGGCGGUGGCUGACCUCAUUGUGCUUCUGACCGCAGGACUGCCCAACAUCUCUGAUGUGGUAGCCUUCUGGAUAUACGGCUACACGGGAUGCUUGUGCAUCACCUACCUACAGUACCUGGGAAUCAACGUGUCCUCCUGCUCCAUCACUGCUUUUACCAUCGAACGAUACAUCGCCAUUUGUCACUCCAUAAAGGCUCAGUUCAUAUGCACUGUGUCGCGAGCCAAGAGAAUCAUUGCUGGCGUGUGGGUCUUCACUUCGCUCUACUGCAUUAUGUGGUUCUUUUUGGUGGACACUGAUGAAACCGUCUACACCAACGGCGUGGUGGUUACCUGCGGCUACCGUGUCUCCAGAAGCCUCUACAUGCCAAUCUACUUCCUGGACUUCACUCUGUUCUAUGUGGUCCCACUCAUGGUGGCGACCGUGCUGUACAGCCUCAUCGCCAGGAUUCUGUUCAUGAGCCCCUCGCAUCUCAACGCCAGAGGCUCGGUUCACCAAGGUCGCUCCAGCGACACUAAGAAGGCCAACAAGGGGGCAGUCUCAGCCAGGAAGCAGAUAACAAAGAUGCUGGCUGCGGUGGUCAUCCUCUUCGCCCUUCUCUGGAUGCCUUACCGCACGUUGGUGGUGGUCAACUCCUUUUUUGACCCUCCAUACCAUAACACGUGGUUCCUGCUCUUCUGCAGGAUGUGCAUCUACGCCAACAGCGCCAUCAACCCCAUCAUUUACAACCUCAUGUCUCAGAAGUUUAGAGCUACGUUCAAGAAGCUCUGCAAGUGUUCUUAUCGACACAAACGGGAGGCGAUAGAAAACAACGUACCCAUGUAUUAUAGCGUGAUUAAGGAUUCCUCCCAUGAGAGCAAUGAACCGAUCACAGAGCAUGAGGAGGUCAAUGGAAGAACCAUCAGGAGGUUCAGUUCAGCAGAUGACGAUGCUUAA